AGCGGGUGGGCGGGGCCUGGCGCGUCUCGCCUCUCCGGCAUGCGGGCGGGCGGCAUCGGCGUCGGCGUCGGCGUGGCGGGCGAGGAGGCGAGCGGCACGGCGGGCACCAUGGGCUCGCGGGCCGGGAAAGGCGGCUCCCCGAACGGCGAGUGCCGGCGGGGCGGCGGGGGAGCCGAGCCCUUGCCCCCGGCCCCGCCCGCGCCGCCCAAGGUCUCCUUCUCGUGCGACGGCGCGUCCCCGAAGGCGUCCGGGGUGGAGGAAGCGGGGCCGGCGGGGCCCGGGGCCUGCGAGGAGGGCGGCCUCGGCGUCGGCGGGGACCCUCGCGGGAGCGGGCAGGCCCCCACCUUCAUGCAGCGCCAGUUCAGCGCCAUGCUCCAGCCCGGCGUCAACAAGUUCUCGCUGCGGAUGUUCGGCUCCCAGAAGGCCGUCGAGCGCGAGCAGGAGCGCGUCAAGUCCGCCGGCGCCUGGAUCAUCCACCCCUACAGCGACUUCAGGUUCUACUGGGACUUCACCAUGCUGCUCUUCAUGGUGGGCAACCUCAUCAUCAUCCCGGUGGGCAUCACCUUCUUCAAAGACGAAACGACCGCUCCCUGGAUUAUCUUCAACGUGAUUUCCGACACCUUCUUCCUGACGGACCUGGUCAUGAAUUUCCGGACGGGCAUUGUCAUUGAGGAUAAUACGGACAUCAUCCUGGACCCCGAGCGGAUCAAGAAGAAGUAUCUGAAGACCUGGUUUGUGGUGGACUUUGUCUCCUCCAUCCCUGUGGAUUAUAUCUUCCUCAUUGUGGAGAAGGGCAUGGAUUCGGAGGUCUACAAGACCGCCCGGGCCUUGCGCAUCGUCCGUUUCACCAAGAUCCUCAGUCUCCUGCGUUUGCUUCGGCUUUCCCGGCUCAUCCGCUACAUCCAUCAGUGGGAAGAGAUAUUCCACAUGACCUACGACCUGGCUAGCGCUGUCAUGCGGAUCAUCAACCUCAUUGGGAUGAUGUUGCUCCUGUGCCAUUGGGAUGGCUGCCUGCAGUUCCUGGUGCCGAUGCUGCAGGAUUUCCCCAGCGACUGUUGGGUGUCCAUCAACGGCAUGGUGAAUGACUCGUGGAGCGAGCUGUACUCCUUUGCCCUCUUCAAGUCCAUGAGCCACAUGCUGUGCAUCGGCUACGGGCGGCAGGCCCCGGAGAGCAUGACCGACAUCUGGCUGACCAUGCUGAGCAUGAUUGUGGGGGCCACCUGCUACGCCAUGUUCAUCGGCCAUGCCACGGCUCUGAUCCAGUCUCUGGACUCCUCCCGGCGACAAUAUCAGGAGAAGUACAAGCAAGUGGAGCAGUACAUGUCCUUCCACAAGCUGCCGGCCGACUUUCGGCAGAAGAUCCAUGACUACUAUGAGCAUCGGUACCAGGGGAAGAUGUUUGAUGAGGACAGCAUCCUGGAGGAGCUCAACGAACCCUUGCGAGAGGAGAUUGUCAAUUUCAACUGCCGGAAGCUGGUGGCCUCCAUGCCUCUCUUUGCCAACGCCGACCCCAAUUUUGUGACCGCCAUGCUCACCAAGUUGAAGUUUGAGGUCUUCCAGCCCGGCGACUACAUCAUCCGCGAAGGGACCAUCGGCAAGAAGAUGUAUUUCAUCCAGCACGGGGUGGUGAGCGUCCUCACGAAAGGCAACAAAGAGAUGAAGCUGUCGGACGGCUCGUAUUUCGGAGAGAUCUGUUUGUUGACGAGAGGCCGGAGGACUGCGAGCGUCCGUGCCGACACCUACUGCCGCCUCUACUCCCUCUCGGUGGAUAACUUCAAUGAAGUCCUGGAGGAAUAUCCCAUGAUGAGGCGGGCGUUUGAAACAGUCGCCAUCGAUCGCCUCGACCGCAUAGGUAAGAAGAACUCCAUCCUGCUGCACAAGGUCCAGCACGACCUGAACUCGGGGGUCUUCAACAACCAGGAGAACGAGAUCAUCCAGGAGAUCGUUAAGUACGACCGGGAGAUGGUGCAACAGGCCGAGCUGCAGCAGCACGUUGCCAUGUACGCUCCGCCCCAACCCCAGCCCCAGGUGACCUCGGCCAUCGCCACCCUCCAACAGGCCGUGGCCAUGAGCUUCUGCCCGCAGAUGGCCAGCCCGCUGGUCGGCCCCAUGGGCCUGGGCUCGCCCCGCAUGGCCCGCCGGCUGCAGUACCAGGGGGGCAUCGCCGGGCCCUUUGCCAUUUCCCCGGCUUUGCUCCAGCAGCACCGCCACCAACAGCAGCAGCUGAACUUGCAGCAGCAGCACCAACAGAACGUCCUGCAACUGCAGUCGCAAAACGUCCAGCCCAACGUGGCGCCGCCUCCGCAGCCUCUUCCGGCCUCGGCGGCCAGCCCGCCCUCGCAAAGCCCCCGCGCCAGCCGGACGUUCCCCUACGAGGGCAGCCCCCAAGGCCAGUCGGGCUCGCAGCUCUCGCUGGCCCAGCAGAAGCCGCCCGGCUCCCCGCAGCGCCUGGCGGCCCACAAGAGCACUCAGGCCCUGCACACCAGCAGCCUGAGCCAGGAGAGCCGCCCGCUCUCGGCCUCCCAGCCCUCCCUCCCGCACGGCGUCUCUCAGACCAUGAGCCAGAGCCCUCCGUCCUCGGCUCACGAUUCAACCACGUCUAUCCCAGCGGCAGCUGUGGCGGGGACUGGAGGGGCCUCUCCCGCUUCGCCGGCCUCCUCGACGCAGAGCUCUAGCGGCACGCCUCGGGCCGCCCCGCCGCCGCCCUCCCGCGUGGGCCUGCCCCACCAGAUGCCGCCCGCCGUGCCCAGUCCCGCCGCCGCCACCUCCGCCUCCGCCUGCGCCGCCUCCGCCCUCCCACAGGACUCGGGUUGUGCCCGCAAGGAUUCCAAAGCUAGCGCUGCCGACACGGACCCAGCGAAAUCAAAGCUCCCUUCCAACUUGUGACCACUGGCAUCCGUGGCAGGGAGGUGGGGAAGGUGGUGUGGGGAGGUCGCCCCCCACCGCGCGGCAGACCGAGCCGGGGCUGUGCUGCAGAAAUCUAUCGUGGCUCCUUUUCUCUCAUGCUGACCAUUGCUCGCGCUGCAAAAAACGGGAAAGCGGAAAAAGGUGGGGCCCUUGCAGUUGUCUCUUUGUAUAUCUGCUGCUUUACCAGUCGGCGCCAUAGGGUCCUUUGUAGGGCUGGUUUUCCCCGUUUUGGGGGGGUCCCCUCGUAGCUCCUGACCAAAGUUUGGCUCCCUCGGUCGUCUCCAUCCCGCCUCUCACCCCGCUGUGACCGUAUCACAGAAAGCCAUAACCUAGUUUAUCGCGCAAUGUGUGUAAAAUAAUAUACAUACAUAAAUAAUAAUAUAUAUAUAUAUGAUGAAUAUACAUAUCUACAGAGGAAUAACAAUAUAGAUAUCUAUUUGAGGUAAACCAUAUGUACAGCGCCUUAUACCGCCCCUGCUCUGUGCGGAGGAGCCUGGAAGGGGAUUCGGGAAGUGGGUUCGGGAUGGAGAGUUUCCUGACUUUUCUACUUCCUUUUCCCCUGGAGACGAGGAAAUAGUUGUGUUCGGGAUGGAGAGUUUCCUACCUUUUCAACUUCCUUUUCUCCUGGAGACGAGGAAAUGGUUGUGUUCAGGAUGGAGAGUUUCCUACCUUUUCAACUUCCUUUUCCCCUGUAGACAAGGAAAUUGUUGUGUUCAGGACAGAGAGUUUCCUACCUUUUCAACUUCCUUUUCCCCUGUAGACAAGGAAAUUGUUGUGUUCAGGACAGAGAGUUUCCUACCUUUUCAACUUCCUUUUCCCCUGGAGACGAGGAAAUGCUUGUGUUCAGGAUGGACAGUUUCCUACCUUUUCAACUUCCUUUUCCCCUGGAGACAAGGAAAUGGUUGUGUUCAAAAUGGAGAGUUUCCUACUUUUUCAACCUCUUUUUCCCCUGGAGACGAGGAAAUGGUUGUGUUCAGGAUGGAGAGUUUCCUACCUUUUCAACUUCCUUUUCCCCUAGAGACGAGGAAAUGGUUGUGUUCGGGAUGGAGAGUUUCCUACCUUUUCAACCUCUUUUUCCCCUGGAGACGAGGAAAUGGUUGUGUUCGGGAUGGAGAGUUUCCUACCUUUUCAACUUCCUUUUCCCCUAGAGACGAGGAAAUGUUCUCCUUUUCCCUCCGAAAACAUAACAAAUCUCCUCCUGUGGGGUGGCCAUUAUUGGUGUUGGAAGAAAUGGUUACUCUCCCAGUAGUCUUCAGUGAAGAACAAGUCGUAUUUUGCCUUCCAUUAGUAGCCUUUCCUUCCCUUUCCCUCCUCGUUCCUUCCUUCCCCAUCUGGUGCCUUCUUCUGCAAAACCCAAUGCUGAUUUUUAGAGCUCUCGUCCACACGACGUGGUUCUUCCGCUUGCUUGAUGGAGAUCAGUUCAGGGUGGUCUUGGAGGACGAUGGAUUCUCCUUUGGAGGACUUGUUGUUUGGAUGGGCUUUAUAGUUGUGGACUCCUGUGUGGUGGCAUCUAGGUCUCGUUGGCCUUUGUGGUCCCUUCUGUGCUGUUGGUUCUUCAUCGUGGUCUCCGUGAAAUUGCACAUAUGGUAUUUCCUGGACCAUCAGAAUGCGAUCAAUUCAGGGCGGGCAUUAUUUGUUUUCGUUGGUGGUCUUGGAGGAGGAUGGAUUCUCCUCCUUUUGGGCGUCUUCCAGGAGGGCUUUAUAGUUGUGGACUCCUUCGUGGUGGCAUCUAGGACUCGUUGGCCUUUGUGGUCCCUUCUGUGCUGUUGAUUCUUCAUCGUGGUCUCUGUGAAAUUGCACAUAUGGUAUUUCCUGGACCAUGAGAAUGCGAUUUUCCUGCUUCUUGGCAGAAGGUUGGACUGGAUAGACCACGAGAUCUCUUCCAACUCCAUGUUUCUAUGAUUUUUCUGGAAUUGAACAUGAUUUUGGUUACGGCCAGCUGUCUCCAAACCUGAGUCAGCGGUUAGCAAACAGGACGCUUCUUGGCCUUCGCAGUUGUUGUUGUUGUUGUUGUUGUUAUUAUGACACAGCAAACAAGAUAGAUAUGCUGGAUUUCAUAUCACAAAAUCACAAGUCGAACACUUCCCAAGUGUCUAGGACUUUAUUAUUAUUAUUAUUAUUAUUAUUAUUAUUAUUAUUAUUAUUAUUAUUAUUAUUAUUAGUGAAGCUUACAGAGAUCUCUUCUUGCCAGAACGUUCAAAAUUACGUUUCUUUUCAAAAGAGAUACGUUGCUUUUACUAAGAAGUACCGUGUCCCGGGUUAGUUUUUGUUACUUUUGUCUGCCUUAAAAAAUAGAGAGAAAAAAAAGGAGUGAAAGAGAUUUUUAUUUUUAUAUUAUUUAUUUAUUUAUUCAUUCAUUUAUUUAUGGAAGCAUUUCUGCCAUAAUGUCCCCGAAUUGUACGUUGAAGGCAACAACUUUGAUUUGUUACAGCAACUAAGUAACUUUGGUUACCGAAAUUGUUUCGAAAUGUAACUACUUGUUGACAAAUUUGCGAGCCCUUCCUAGUCCCGGCCUUUGUUACAGUUGGGAUUGUGUUGCUGAAAAGAAGACGCUUUUGUGCCGGCGACUCUCUUCUCCUUUUCCGAGUUGCCAAAUUUGAAAAUAUUCCCAAAUGCCGUCUUGGCUUUCUCCUUAGGCUGCUUCUGGAGAACAAUAUCGAUGUGAGGGUUAAAUUGAGACACGUACAGCUCUCAGUCUCAAUUUUCCCCUCCAUCGGCAAUCUAGCAUCUUCUUAGCGGUAAUUAAUUUUAUUUACAGCUAUAUACAGAGCACGCAGCUGUAGAAGCUCAUGCUCAUGUCCAGCAAGAUUGAUGGGAACCGGUAAGAAACUUCUCAGUAAAACUUGUCACUGCCCACAUUCCUUUCCAGUGUGGUGGCCGAAUGGUUGUGUUUGGGAUGGAGAGUUUCCUGCCUUUUCAGCCUCCUUUUCCCUCUGAAAACAUAAGAAAUCUCCUAAAGUCACUCUAGCCAGUAAAUCUAACUCUAUGCGUUUAACCGCUUCUCUACUGAAAUGCUUCCCGAAGCAUUGCACACAAUUUAGCUUUAACAAUGAGUGAACAUUUCACACUACACAAACCAUUACUCUGACAAGGCCUCUCCUGAAAUUUGUAGGACUCGUAGGCUGCCAUUUGUUUGAAAGUGGAUUUCAGGAUACUUUUAAGUCUUCCUAUAUUAACUUUACAGAAGAUAGGCUCCAUUGUAGACCUUCAGGCACUAGUGAGCAUUAAAUCCCAUCAAUUGUAGGCAACAUGGACAAUGGUCAGGGAUAAUGGGAACUCCAGUUCCUGGAGGUAGUGUGUGCCAAUCUUUCUUGUUUCUUCCUUAAACUACCUUGUGAGAUAGGUGGGUCUGAGAGAUGGAAAGGUGCUUCUUCUCGGCAAAACUCAAACAAUGUUGUGGCUUUUCUCCAAGGCCUUGUGUGACAAUAUUGUCCAGGAAAGGCUUAGAAGAAGAGGGAGCGCAAGCAUGUGUGGUUGAGUCAUCUCCGCCCACCAGCUCAACGACUCAAGCGGAGAGCUGGCCUCAAUAUAGAACGGGCCUCCGAGAGUCUCCCACCUGGUGUGGCCAUCUUCCCAAGAGUCUCCUUACCGUAGUUGCGUCGCUUGCACAUCGCAGUGGCCUUGUUCCUGCACCUCACUCUCUGAGCCCCUUGGGUUUGCGACCACGUUCUUCACCUCUUUUCAGGCUCUUGUUUGUGUAUGGACAUGAUGUGGCAAAGCCGAUCUGCAUCCAGAUUAUUGUUCUCAUCAUCGCUUUGAGUGGUCCUCAGAAUAGGUGGCAUCCACAGGGAUAUAGGGACUAGAUCAGGGAUUCUCGAACCUUCUAAGCUGAAGGCCUUCCAAGGUCAUUGACCUGGCCCCUGUCCUAAACUUUAGACUUAGGGUUGACCUAAGUCUACCUGGUCUUUGGAAGUCUCUUUGCUUAUCUAUGGUGUUAUGAGAUUGUCUAGAUGGUCUUUGGAGGUUUCUUUGCUUAGCUACGGCCUUAUGAGACCAUCUAGAUGGCUUUUGGAGGUCACUUUCCUUACCUAUGGUCCUACAAGACCAUCUAGAUGGCCUUUGAGGGUCCCUUUCCCUACCUGUGGUCUUACAAAACCAUCUAAAUGGUCUUUGAGGGUCCCUUUCCUUAACUAGGAUCUUCUGAUGGCCUAAUGAGAUCAUCUAGAUGGCUUUUUCCUUACUGAUGGUCUUAUGAGACCAUCUAGAUGGUCUUUGGAGGUCUCUUUGCUUACCUGUGGUCUUCUGAGACCUUCUAGAUGGUUUUUGAAGGUCUCUUUGCUUACUUAUAGUCUUAUGAGACCUUCUAGAUGGUCUUUGGAGGUCUCUUUGCUUACCUGUGGUCUUAUGAGACCAUCUAGAUGGUCUUUGGAGGUCUCUUUGCUUACCUGUGGUCUUACGAGACCUUCUAGAUGGUCUUUGGAGGUCUCUUUGCUUACCUAUGGUCUUAUGAGACCUUCUAGAUGGUCUUUGAAGGUCUCUUUGUUUACUGAUGGUCUUAUGAGACCUUCUAGAUGUUCUUUGGAGGUCUCUUUGCUUACCUGUGGUCUUAUGAGACCAUCUAGAUGGUCUUUGGAGGUCUCUUUGCUUACCUGUGGUCUUAUGAGACCUUCUAGAUGGUCUUUGGGGGUAUCUUUGCUUACCUAUGGUCUUAUAUGAGACCAUCUAGAUGGUCUUUGGACCUGCUUUUGGCUGAUGAGAUAGUCAAGUUGAUGAGGAUUGUUAUUGUGAUCUUGAAGGACCUCAUCCAGGUUUGGGAAGUCUUGGUCUAGAUCAAUGGGAAGACAUAGUCCAACUCUGUUCUGCUUUGGUCAGGUCUUACUUGGAAUAACCUUGUGUCCAAUUCUGAAGGAUAGAAGAGGGAAGGUGUCCAGAGAAUGGUCAAUGGUCUGAGAACCAAGAAGGCCUCUGAGGAGCAUCAACAUUUGUAACCCAGCAAGGGCAAAUAGGGAUGUGUAGGUUAUUCGUGUGCUUCCGUUUCCAUUCCAUUUGCUUGAAAUAUAUCUGCGGUUGGACAGGUUGGUCCGACGACGUUCCUUGAAACUCAGGUGUGUUUAAUCUCGAGGGGAUGAUGUGUAUGUGGGCAGGUUCUUGCCGGCUGGUUUACAGGCUUAGGAUGAGCCACCGGGAAUGGCCGAGAGGAGCUGAGAGAUUUGCCAGAGAUGUGCUGCAUUCAAGAGACUUUUCAAAGGGCAAAAUUGGUGGGGUACUGCCAUGAAAAUCACAGAGCCCAUGUGUCUUUAUUUUCCCACAGUGAACAAAGAGAAUGCCGUACAUUAGAUCAGUGAUUCCCAAAGUGGGUGCUACAAUCCAGGGGGGCGGUGAUGGCACCUAUUUGGACACGGGGGCGGGACCAGAGGGGCGGGGCCUCUUCCCAAGUGCCGGAGACAGGGCUGAGCACCUGAGGCGCCUGUAGGACACAGGGGGCGGAGCUAGAGUGGGCGUGGCUUCUUCUCAAGAGCCCGAGACAGGGCUGAGGAUCUAUACCUCUCCUGAGGUGCUUGUUGGGACACAGAGGGCGGAGCUAGGGAAGGGGGCGGGGCCUCCUUCCAAGAGCCUGAGAUAGGGCUGAGCCUCUAUACCUCUCCUGAGAGACCUUUUAAGACUAAAAGGUGGAGCUAGGGGCGGAGCUUCUUCCCAAGAGCACGAGACAGGGCUGAGCCUCGAUACUUCUCCUGAGAGGCCUUUGAGGACUAAAGGGCGGGGCUAGGGGCAGGGCCUCUUCCCAAGAGGACGAGACAGGGCUGAGCAUCUAUAUACCUCCCCUGAGGCGCUCGUUAGAACACGGGGGCGGAGUCUAGAGGUUCAGCCCCGUCAGGCACUUGGGAAGAGGCCCCGCCCCCUCCUCUGGCCCCGCCCCCUGUGUCCUGGCAGGCGCCACAGGACAGGGAUAGAAGCUCAGCCCUAUCUCAGAGCUCGUAACUCUGCCCAUCCCAGUCCUGGCCGCUCAUUUGUUUUAAUUUUCCCACGGUGAACAAAGAGAAUGCCAUACAUUGGAUUUAUAUUAGAACCAACAUAGUAGGAAGUGCAUAGUAGGAUUUUGGCUCCAACGAUAGAGUGCAAAAACUCCAUUGCAAACUGCGGACCGUACAUCCAAUCGCAUUCGUAGAAUCGCAUGGCGUAUUUUUGGAUUUCUCCCGGGAUCGGGCUUCGAACCUUCGAACCUCUGUUCAGACUUGGAAGGGGAAAGGCUCCAUCCGCCCUCGGGGCACCUUUGUGUCCGCUCGCUUCUGUGUCUGGGGUGGGUGGGGGGGAUAUUCCCAGUAUUUUGGCUUUCUGACCGAGCCGGUGCCCGAUUUCUACCGCCUUUGUGUUCUGCUUGGUGAGUGGCCUGUGAGCUCUUUUUGCGGAGGGCAGGGCGGUGCGUUUGGGAGCAGCCCACCCUUUUUGCCGAACCCGUUCCGUCUGUGUCGAAUGUACAGCCGAUCGACCCACCCCGGCUAAGCGUUUGCCUGGCGGGAGUCUUGCGGGAUUUCUGUCGCCCCAAAAACCGGCUGCUUUCUCUCCCUCGGGCAACUCUCCGCCUCUUCAUCGGGGACCCAUCCUGUGUAAUAAAACAUGGCAGAACCGAA